UCCCCCAUUUCACUCUCUCUCUCUAAAACCCUCACAUCCCUCCCUUCCGCCCUCCCCCCCUCCCCUCUCUCCUCUCCUUUCCACAAUCUGUGUCUUCAAUCAAUUUCUAGACGGCGAGGGGUAUUUUUAUUUUUAUUUUAUCUCAAUCCCCCAAAAUUUUCCAGACCUAUUUUCGGCACUAUGUCCGGUGCUCAACCUACGAACACCGCGGCGGCGGGGCCGGGGCCGGGGCCACAGUCGAUGAAUCGCCGCCUGCUGUUCUCGUCGAUGAAGCCGCCGUUCGUUCCUCACGAGGAUUACCAUAGGUUCCCAUCCUCGAAGGACACUGCUCACAGGGUCGGCGGCUCCGAUCAGGUGGCCGAAGCUAUUGUUGUCAAAUCUCCUCAAUUAAAGCGGAAGAGUGGAACAGACUUUAUUGACGCUGGGUCAAGUGACUGGACUAGCAGUCCUGGAUUCACUGAUACAACUAACAGUCCCCUGCGAACACCUGUAUCUGGAAAAGGAGGAAGAAUAUAUGGCCGGUCCAAAGUCUCAAAGAACAACAGAUCUGGGCCUCAGACCCCCAUGUCAAAUGUUGAUUCUCCCUCUCCUGUUACUCCUGCUGGUAGCUGCCGUUAUGAUAGCUCCCUAGGUCUAUUGACAAAAAAAUUCAUCAAUUUGAUUAAGCAUGCAGAAGAUGGUAUGCUAGAUUUAAACAACGCUGCUGAAACCUUGGAGGUGCAAAAGAGGCGAAUUUAUGACAUUACUAAUGUCCUUGAAGGAAUUGGCCUAAUUGAAAAAAAGCUCAAGAACAGGAUUCACUGGAAAGGACUUGAUGCUUUAAGACCAGGGGAGGUUGAUGAUGACAUUACUGGGUUACAGGGGGAAGUUGAAAAGCUUACCAUGGAAGAACGGACAUUAGAUGAUCGGAUAAGAGAAAUGCAAGAGAGGUUGAGGGAUUUGAGUGAAGAUGAAAAUAAUCAAAAGUGGCUUUUUGUGACUGAAGAGGAUAUCAAGAGCUUACCUUGCUUUCAGCAGAAUGAAACUCUAAUAGCAAUCAAGGCUCCUCAUGGGACAACUCUUGAAGUUCCAGAUCCUGAUGAGGCCGUUGACUACCCACAGAGGAGAUAUAGAAUAAUCCUUCGAAGCACAAUGGGUCCAAUUGAUGUCUACCUUGUUAGCCAAUUUGAGGAGAAGUUUGAGGAGGUGAAUGGAGUUGAGCCAUCCACAAGCUUUCCUGUAGCUUCGAGUUCAGGCUCCAAUGAAAAUGCAGCAACAGAGAUGACCCCUGUAGUAAGCAGUAGGGUAGAGUUUGAACCACCUGCCCAAUACAGUCACAGAAUGAGCUCCGACCCCAAUGUUUCACAGGACAAUGCUGGGGGAAUCAUGAGAAUUGUCCCCUCAGAUAUCAAUGAUGAUGCAGAUUACUGGCUUCUAUCAGAAGCAGACAUUAGCAUUACAGACUUGUGGAAGACAGAUUCUGUUGUGGAAUGGGAUGGAGUGGAUAUUCUUCGCGAGGAGUUUGGAAUGGCUGAAAUUGGUACCCCGCGGCCACAAACUCCACCAUGUGGAAGUACUGAUGUUCCAUCUGCCGUUGUUAGUUUCAACAAAAGGUGAUUUGGAUUUAUGAAACAUGUUAAACCAUGAAACUCAUGUCUAUCUCAGCGCGAGUCAUCAUUUCAUGGGAUUAUGGGAAAGCCACUGGCCAGCCAACAACUAUACACAUUGGGAAGCCUUUGGAGGAAGAUGCAGCAUUGGAAAUAGAGGUGAUUGUUGUAUAGUACAGUGGAGGAUACGCUUGUCCUCUGCGGCUUAUUGAUGAAUAAAUUUUGUUCCCGUCAUUUCUUCAUUCGGAUUAAUGAGGUAGAGGUUUAAGGCGAGUGAGUAUUGACACAUGCUCGUGCUUGAGAUGGAGGUUUAAGGGGAUGUUGGCACAUAUUGUUCCCAUUUGCACAUUUGAGAAGCUUAAAGAUAAGUUAAUGUCCUAAAUUUUGAAUUGAUGACAUUUGUACUCGUCUAUUUCAAAUCCAUAAAUCCCUUUCCAACUUUA